AUGUCAUCAUCAACACCAAAACCGCCAAUACAGCCUCCUUUGAUACUUAAAUCAGCGUCUGGUGAAGUAAAUCGUAUUAGAAGAUUAAUUGCGUAUUUACGUUCACAAAUUAGUGGUAGUGAAGGAAAUCUACCAGAUGAUCCUAAUGCUCCAUUACCAACUCCUUCUCCAUCACUUGAAGAUGUAUUAGAAUGUCAAAGAAUAGUUUGGGUUAGAAUUUUUGAACAUCUUAAAAUCACAAACCCAGAUCCAAAUAAUAAAGAUGUAAAAUCAGGAGUGUUGUUUGAAGCGAUGGAAAAAGUAGCAAAGAAAAUAAGUGAAGUUGGUAGAACAGGCAAUACAAUAAAAUCAGAAGAACAAGAAAUGUCGACAUAUUCUUUUUUGAAAAAUAAUGAUAUAAAAGAACAAGAUUUUGAAAAUCAAGAAGAAAUUAAAUAUAAAUAUGAUUUUUAA